AUGGGCGACUGGAGCCUCCUGGGGAGACUCUUGGAUGCUGCGCAGGAGCACUCCACGGUCACGGGCAAGGUCUGGCUGACCGUCCUGUUCAUCUUCCGAAUCCUGGUGCUGGGAGCCGCGGCUGAGGAGGUGUGGGGGGACGAGCAGUCCGACUUCACCUGCAACACCCAGCAGCCGGGCUGUGAGAACGUCUGCUACGACAAGGCCUUCCCCAUCUCCCACACCCGCUUCUGGGUGCUCCAGAUCAUCUUCGUGUCCACGCCCACCCUCAUCUACCUGGGCCACGUGCUGCACAUCGUGCGCACGGAACAGAAGAGGAAAGAGGUUCACGGAGUGCCCCAGGUAGCCUUCAUGUCUCAAAGAGCAGAGGAACGGGAGAAGCACUCCCAUGUGGCUCUUGGUGACCUGGGACCUGGGGCUGUCACGCUGAAGGCCUCCCAGGGCGUGAAGUUUCUGCACGAGGUCAGCCCUCUGAGCCUGACAGUGGCCCAGGCCUUGGAUGAGACACUGUGCCAGGACGAAGCUGAGGGCAUCUGA